AUGCAGGUCGGACUAUUUCCACUGCCCGUUACUUCCUUUCUCUUCCUCUCCUACAUAGGCAUGCACGUCAAAAAGGGACGGGGACCGUGCUCUGGUCCCUUUUCCCCUCCUGCCGCCUCCGCAGAGCCUUUCUUUGGCCUGUGGACUUCCCGCCUCUUUGAACGUGGUCCGAGGCUGAUGUUGGGGUUCGUCACACGGGCAUUCGACUUUGGUCCAGCUCUGCUAGCAUAUACCGAUUCUACGCAUUUCAACGGGUUUCUAGCGGCGCCUGGAUCUCGCCAACUCGGCACCGACGACGGCGAUCCAUCGGCAAGAGACUCUGGAGCUGCGAGCGCUGACCCAUGGUUUCCCGUGUCAAAUGCCAACACCUUGCGCGCUUCGGAUGCCACAAGCACGCAGCAGGCGCGUCUUGCCCUGCUCAAGAAAGAUUUUCAAACCAGCCGCCCACUUGCAGAAAGGCACUAUCGAGUACGAAAGGCUGGCGCGCUCCGGACGGGUAUGGGAAGAUUACUUUAUGCCCGGCAACAGCCUCGAGAUGGGACUGCUCCAAGAGUCGCAGGCGUCAUCGAGUCAGCCACGCAUGAGCUGCAGAACUACAUCAUCGCAUCGCAAUGGGUCGCAGAGAACGCGGCGGCCAAGGCUGGUAUAGCAGGACUGUGCGAAGUUGAAGUACGAGACCUCGCCGUGGUGUCCGUCGUCAAUACAGACUCCGAGUCGGCCUAUGACACCUGGAGAACAGACUCGAAAAAGGCUGGCGGCAACUUGGUAUGGGGAUCGAAAGUCCCGCUGAGAGAGUACCGUAAUCUACCUCUCAGCGUACGCAGCAAUCGUCUUCGAAUCUUUCCGUACCUGCAAGAGGUCCCGGCUUGCAUGGAGAGGUUCUUCCAAUAUCGGGACCUGCAGCAUCGAGAGAAGGCGCUGCACCCGCUGAUUUUGGCUUGUCAGAUGACGGCUUACUUUGUUCUCGUUCAUCCGUUUCCCGAUGGCAAUGGGCGUACCAGUCGCAUGGUUAAGCAGGAUUACCUGGCGCGUCAGGGCUACAGUCCCGUCGUCACCCGGGACUUGAAGCGGGAAGACUACCUGCGGAUGAUCGACGGCGCCGGCCAAGGCAAACCGGAGAAAUUCGUCAUAGCGGUGCUUGAGGCUCAACUGGUCGUGUUGCACCAGGCUUCCACGCGCCUCAAGAUGUAG